AUGGAUAACUCCACGAAUAUCUUGGUGCAAGGGCCGUCCAAAUUCAUAGAGUAUUCCCUUGAUAAUAUCGAUAAGAGAUUUGCCGUGUUUACCAUUGCUCUUUUCCUCGCUGGAGUGUACAUGUACAAUGCGCGGGAUCCUCACGGACUGAAGAAGAUACCAGCAAUCCAUCGUUCUCGAUUUGUUGAUGCUUUUCAAACGGGAGUUUACUGGAGAUUUCUCUUUCCGAGGCUCUUCCCUUACGCUCGCGAAGGUUAUUACAAGUACAGCAAGAAUGGCAAGCCUUUCAAGAUCUGGAUGGGUCUGUUUCAAAAUUGGGUCUACGUCUUGCCGCCGAAAUACCUUGCGCGCAUCAAAAACCAAGGGCUUUCAGAGCUCAGUUUCCGAUCUGUAGUAGAUACGUAUCUAGUCCCAAAAUUCUCCAGUGGACAUUUCGAUAAUUUCGAAAUUCAAGUUGCUUCCAAACUUGUCAAUGGAAAUCUAUCCGACAUCAAGCCGUUAAUUCAAGUAAGGACUGAGCAUAUCCUGGACAAGGAAAUAGGAAACCCGCAAGUAUGGAAAAGGCUUCACGCACACACUUUGGCCAUGCAGAUCAUGAAGUACGCUUCCGGAAGAGUCGUCUUCGGCGAAACCUUGUGUGAAAACGAAGCUUUCCUCCAAGCCAUGGAACGGUAUUCCACCAAGGUGAUGUACUACGGUUUGAUUCUGCGUUGGAUAAACCUCGGACGCCUGAGGGAUUACAUUAUGUACAUGGUCCACUGGAAGCAUCGCCGUGAUCUCGCCAUUGCGACUCGCUAUGUGACAGACCACAUCGAGGAAAGAAAACGAGCGAACGCAAAUCUCUCUGAAGAAGAGAAACCGGUUGAUUGCAUACAGUGGGCCAUGGAUCAGCCACUACCCGACGAGCAGAAGACUCCAGAACAGAUUGCCCAUCGACUUCUGCAUCUGAGUGCAGGGCUUAUUGGGACGCCCGCUACCGUGUUGGUGAACUUACUAUUUGAUACAAUUUCGCAUAAAGAGUAUCUCCCCGAGCUGAGGGCGGAGAUCACUAAGUGUGUCUCUGAGGAUGGCAGAUGGUCCGAAAGCGCCAUGGCAAAAAUGAAGAAGUUCGAUUCUUUCAUUCAGGAGUGCUUUAGGAUUACUCCGGGCAUUGUAUCUUUGACUGGAUGGCGCCUUGUUACCAGCGAGACUUUCCGCUUCGAUGAGACCCUCGAGUUGCCCAAAGGCACACUAAUUACUUUCCCAACUAUGUUCAUGCAACAUGAUUCCGAUUUAUAUCCAGAGGCAAAAAAGUUUGACGGGUAUCGGUUCUACCGGAUGAGAGAAGAAGCGAAGAAAUUGGAGACUGCAUCAAAUAUUUCGGAUACCAGGAAUGAUUGGCUAGCGUUUGGACACGGUCGACAGGCCUGCCCAGGACGCUUCUACGCCAUUAAGCUUCUCAAGACUAUUCUCGGAGAGCUCAUUACGCGCUACGAUAUUCGCUAUGCUGGUGGAGACCGCGAAAGACCCAAGACACUUGAUUUGGAGCCAGUUAUUGCGCCGGACUUGAGUGUCGAGCUCGAAUUCAGGUCUGUGAAUGCCCGAUCUACCUAG